UUGUAGUGUGACACCCAGACGUUGCUCGGUGUUGUGGAAGCGCCUGUAAUUAUUUCAUCGGUAACCAAGCAGAAAUGUUCUCUCUGACCAGCAGCUUGAACCAAAGAAGGAGACCUUUAUGUUGACUCCUACUUGUGAGGAAAGAGACCACGGUGAAGAUCAUCUUCUGGAUUUGGGUACUGAUGAAACCCAGAUUGUGCUACAGGAAACAUCUCUAGGCUACAUCUCAGUUAAAAGCACCGCUGUAGAUGAACCAAGCAAUGACCUAGAAAUGGGCUUUGGUCUCGUUCGCAAUCAUUUUAUUGUGAAAGUUUAUGCCGGAAGUAUUUUGGUAGCACGCCGCCGUGAGCCUGAAGUUGCGCGUGGUUGCUAAUGUGAAAGAAGGCCAGCCAUACAUACAUACAUGUAACUCGUUGAGUUCAUCGCAUCCACCGUUGCAGCCAUGCUGACCUGUGAAAUCUGCGGAGAGGACGUUAUGUUGGAAGAGGACAUGAAGACUCAUCUCCUUCUCAGCCAUGUUGAAACUGACGCGCACUGUCCCCUCUGUCCCCUGUCUGGUGUGUCCUACGACGAACUGUGCUUCCACAUCAGCUCGGCGCAUCCAGAGGAACCGCACAGAGUCCGGGAUUCGGCCCCAUUCGCAUCAACUCCGGGAUGCUCAGCCCGGACGAACGGCGCCGUAACCAAGAGCAAAAAGCCCAGAAUGCCUCAGUCCUGCACGGCUGGGGACAGUUGUGACACAGCUGGUGAAGCAGCACCCAGCGACGCCACUCGUGUCACCAGAGACUCACUGCGGCCCGAACACAAUAGUACACCAGGAGGUGGAGUCUCAUCCACUGGGGAGGCCGCACCCGUCACUCCAACACGGAGCCCUAAAACACGGCGUGAGCUUGUCAGGCACCGCGAUGAGGACAAAGAUGAGGUUAAAGCCGUGCACAGAGAAGCCAAACAGACGCGUCUGACCUCACCAGGAGAAGGAGAGCAGAGAUUUGAGUGCCCCAUGUGCCCUGUCGUCUGCAGGGACAGCUUCACUCUGCAGGAACACGUGGAGCUGCAUUUAGACCACGGAGCUUCUGUGAACUCUGCAGGGAGCCCCGGCUCUGACCUGAAGCUGGCCAGAGAGCUGCAGCGGGAGGAGGAGCAGAGGAGGAGGCUGGAGGAGACUCAGCGGGAGAGAGAAGAGUUUAAGAAGCUGCAGAGGCAGUUUGGUCUGGACGGCAGCGGGGGCUACAGCAGGCAGACCGAGAGGGCCAUGGAGAGGGCUGUGGCCAGGGGUCGGAUGGCCCCUGGCGAGUUCCACUGUAAGAGGGCAGAGAUGAUGGAGUCUCUGGCCUCAGGGGUUGAUGAUGGCACAACCAGAACUACGGGUGUGGUCAGAGCGUUGCAUGAAUACUACCAGACCAACUGCAAGGACCAUGUUCACGUGUGGCUGAGUGCUGCCACUGACCACUACUGCUCCUCAGCGGGGGAUCGAGGCUGGGGCUGUGGAUACAGAAACCUCCAGAUGCUCCUCUCAUCUCUGCACGCAAUAGAGGCAUAUGCCCCCCUCAUACAAGAGAACGCAGCGCCGAGCAUCCCUCGGGUGCAGAGUAUGAUCGAGGAGGCGUGGAGGGAGGGGCUGGAUCCGCACGGAGCGUCCCACUUCAACCGGCGGCUCCAGGGAACGCGAGCCUGGAUCGGAGCCACAGAGAUCUACACCCUCCUCACCUCUCUGGGAAUAAGUGCCCGCAUCAUCGACUUUCACAAGCCGACAGGCCCAGCGGACACUCACCCCCGGCUGUUUGAGUGGGUGAAGCAGUACUUCCUGUCUUGCGGGAGCCCCCGGCUGCCGCCCAGACUAAUCAGCACUUCCCUGCCCCCGCUUUACCUUCAGCACCAAGGUCACAGCCGCUCUAUCGUGGGCUUGGAGCAGAAGAGGAACGGGAGCCUGUGCCUCCUGCUUCUUGAUCCCAGCUCCUCGGCCUCAGACACCAGGAAGCUGCUGAGCGCGGACACCGUCGCGCCCGCCGUCCGCCGAGUCAGGAGGUUCCCCGGCAGCCUGAAGCACAGACAGUACCAAGUGGUGGCUGUGCAGGGCGUGAUGUCCGCCGAGGAGAAACAGAUCAGCAUCUCUAAAUCCAGGACAUUAUGUGCUGAACGCAUCCCGUGAAGAGGAGCACACUUCUUCUUCAAGUUGUUUGUUUUUAUUGUGAACAUGCGUUCAUUUUCUGCUCUUGAACUAUUUAACGUAGUCAUUCUAUAAUAUGUUCCAUAUUGCGCAAUUUUAAAAGUUUUUUUAAUAAACCCUGUGCUGCUCCGUGCUGUCCAGUUAUUU